AUGUUCGACACUCUCAAGAACUGGUUCUCCCCUGCCCAGGAGACUGAAAACAAAUGGGAUGCGCGCAAUGUUGAAUUGCAGCAGCCUAACAGCCCAUCGGGUCCCAACAUGAGCAGCGAGGCCGUGACUCAACAACCGGGCGGCCCGGAACAGAUGAAUGUUCACAUGCGUGGUGGUGGUGAGGGCGAAGACGUCUGCUGCGGAGUGUAA